AUGGUCGCGAAAUAUAGGAUUUACGCUUCCGCGGUAGCUAUUGGUAGAAGCCUUGAGAUAACUAUUGAAGAAAGCCACCAAGCUCUGCAAGAGUUGAGAAUGUUGUUGGAGUCGAAAAGUACACCUGCAUCUGUGAUCAGUGUGCCAAAUGCUAAAGAUUUGGACGAAGAUGAGUCGUCCUCAGAAGAUGAGUGGGAAGAGAUGGAACUUGUUGAUACUGCAGAAGUAAUAACAAAGAGUGUGCACGUGACCGUAGAGCAUUCCGAUGAGAGAAACUUCGAAUCGCUUUGGAUGCGUCGCGAAGUGAACAGAUGCAUUAGGGAAAACUGGGAGCACUGCCACAGGGUCAAUAUUCUCUGUUACAUAGCCCAGCUUCAAUAUUUGAAGAAUCAGAUACUGGAUGAAGGCUUCGUUCCGUCUUUAAUAAUGAGCAAGGCUCCACCUGAAUGUGCGAACUUGUCGGACAGACAGAUGACAGCUGAAAACGCCUUGAAAAUCGUGAAGCAUUACCAGAAUACUUUCAAGGUUGCUGAGGCUCCUUUCGAGUCAGACCGUCUCACCACUGCUUUCUUUUCGGAAAUGGUUUCACGUGAGGAAUACGAAAAGGACGUAGAUCGAGCCGUUAGUGUACUGGAGAGUAUUGCCAAAAUGAAGGAAGGCUCCACAUCGGUGUCUGUCGCACCGCCGAUGAACGAGAAGGGGAAAGCUACUUCAAAGACGAAAAAGACGCCUGGUGCUGACUACCGAGGAUUAAUUCGCAAUUACUGGGUAGAAUAUUGGGACAAGAAGCAGAAGAGAUGGAUAUGUGUCGAUCCUCUUCGAGCUACCGUCGACGAGCCGAAUACGAUCGAGGAGAAUACUACGAAGCCUACCAUUUACGUCCUAGCUAUUGAUAACGAAGGCGGCGUACGUGAUGUGACUGCUCGGUAUGCAGCCGAGUUCUCUCGUCCCGAUUUUCGUCGACGCCGAACCGAUCCAGAUUGGCUUGGCAGUACUUUGAUGAAUAAGGCCAUUCGAGCCAACCGUAAGAGAGCUAGACUGGAAGACGUUCACUUCAAGAAGGAGCUCGUCAAUAAACCAUUACCAACCACUUUAUCGGAAUAUAAGAACCACCCACUAUAUGUGCUGGAGAAGGAUCUUCUAAAGUUCGAGGCUAUUUACCCAAGACCAGAAGAUCAGAAACCUUUGGGUGAAGUUCGUGGUCACAAGGUUUAUCCGCGGUCUACCGUCCAUACCCUCCAGGGUGCCAAUAAUUGGAUAAAGCAGGCUAGGAGUGUGAAGGAAGGAGAGAAGCCCUACAAAGUGGUAAAAGCUCGGCCGAAUAUACGAGUUCCAGCCGAAGAGCGGGAGCAACGAUAUUUGGAUGUGUAUGGUUAUUGGCAGACUGAACCAUAUCGACCACCAAAAGUGACAGAUGGCCGAAUCCCAUGCAACGAAUUCGGCAAUGUGUAUAUGUUCCAACCAUCCAUGUGUCCCAUUGGAGCCGUUCACUUGCGCCUUUCUGGAUUGCCGUCGAUCGCUCGUCGACUGGGAGGACUUGAGUGCGUGCCCGCUGUUGUCGGAUUCGAUUUCAGUUCAGGUUCAUCGUUCCCAGUAAUAGAUGGUGCGGUUGUGUUGAAAGAAGACGCUGAGAAGUUCACCAAGGAAUGGAAAAGGCUUGAAGCUACAAGAGAAGAGCGCGAAAACAAGCGACGGGAGGAACGUGUACUUGGUAAUUGGCGAAAGCUGAUCCGUGGCAUUCUUCGCCUUCAUUAUGUCAAAACCAAAUUCGGAGCAACAAAGGACAAGUCGAAAGGGAAGAAAAAGAAGGGCAAUGAAGCACGAAGAUGA